UCUACCCGGAAGCUUAGAAAAAUCAAUAAUCGACUAUCUUCGAUUGAGCUUCGUCGGGGACGAUGGAGACGCCAGAAGAUUUGGUCACAGGUCCACAGGUUCACGAAGAUUGCUGUGAUAACCAGAACCCGUACGUGGAAGUGCUUCCAGAUACGCAUGAAGUUGUCUCCCAUUCUUCUAUUCCUUUCCAGAUAACACAAAGCCAGAAAAAGCGCCGAAAAUUUAUUCCAUUCAAAUACCAUUCCAAAAUAUUCAAGAAAUCCAAAAAGAACAAGGACAGAAAUGAAAGUGAAAUGUCAAUAUUCCAGGGAGCGGAUCCACACAAGCAUGGGAACAAGGACAGAAAUGAAAGUGAAAUGUCAAUAUUCCAGGGAGCGGAUCCACACAAGCAUGGGGCAAGACAUGCCAUCGAGGAUAAUCGCGUAAGCACAACUAGCAGCAGCUACGAAAGUUGUCGGCCACACAAAAACAAUGUAUCCUGUCAUACAUAUGUGGAUAUUGAAGAGUGCUUUGAGCACAGAGAUAUGGACAUUGAGCGAUGUAACAGCAUCUCUACAGUUUCUACGUUGCCAGUGAUUACGUCUAGACAGAGGUGCGGAGUAGACGACCAUGCUGGAAGACAAGUGGUUUACAGAGAAGAACAACCUUCGGUCAAUAUGACUCCAAAAAUAAAUUACGAGAUGAAGGUUCCUGACAAAAGCAAGGGAAUGAGGAAGUACAUGCUCCUGUUUUGCAUUGUCCUUGUUUCUAUCGUUGUAUCAACAGUCGUUGCUGGUUACGUCGGUACUGAAAAAGUCGUUAAGGAUAUCCCCAAUACGGUCCAAAAUAAUUUUCAAACAAUGCCAGAAUGGAAGACUCUGGGAGAACAAACUAAUUUGACAGUGGUUGAAAGCCUUCUGAAUAAUGGUCUGUCCAAUUUUUCUACAAAGCUCAAGGCUCUCAACGAACAACACUUUCAAAAUUUAACAAGCGACUUAGAUCUUAAUUUUGACCUGCUUAAAGAUGAAACAAAGAGACAGAACCAGAAAAUCCAACAACACAUCUUGAACGAGACAGAUCGUAACUUUGACCUGCUAAAAAACGAAACAAAGAUACAGAGCCAGAUGAUCCAACAACGCAUCUUGAACGAGACAGUGUCGAAAGAAGAAGCCAGGAAAAAUUUGAAUACCAUGCUCGACCUAACACUGUCGAAAGAAGAAGCCAGGAAAAAUUUGAAUACCAUGCUCGAUCUAACACAUCGUAAUUUUGACCUGCUUAAAAACGAAACAAAGAUACAGAACCAGAUGAUCCAACAACGCAUCUUGAACGAGACAGUGUCGAAAGAAGAAGCCAGGAAAAAUUUGAAUACCAUGCUCGACCUAACACAAUCUAACACAGACGAGGUGAAAAAUGAAACAAAGAUGCUCCAUGAACUUAUCACGCAACGUAUUAUGAAUGAGACAGCAUUUAAAGAUGACAUUAAAAGAAUGUUAUUCACCAUAAUCCAUGCGUCAAUUUGUGUACGUGAUUGCACCGAUAAAAUUGAUGGAGACUACCAAUCCUGCUACACUUGUGAAGGAUUUAUCACAUGCAGCAAUGAUGUCUUGGUACCCAAAAAUUGUUCGGAGAGCUAUCCUGACAGACCCGUGUAUUGGGACAAUAUUAAACAGAAGUGCCUAUUUAAAUCCCGUACAUGUGAUCAAAAGUAUACAUUUGACGACUAAAAUAUGUGCUAUUAGAAUAUGAUGUUGAAUAUAACAAAUAUAACAAAAACUUUUCUGUAUUGGAUAACGAUAUGUCAUUCGUAAUUUGCAGAUGAUUGCCUUUCUUGUUUUAUUCUUGUCUGCGAAUUCUGAUUAAAAUAAUUCCUCGGGAGUUUAAAUUAAUUCA